ACUCAUUGUCCGCGAGAUCAGACACGCAGCGAAUUCCCCGCUUCGGGAGAGAAUUGAAAUGAUCCCAAGUGUGCUCGUUGUUCUGUAAAGAUUUUUCAAAUGCCAAUGAUAUAUGGCUUCUAAGGUCCCGCGAGGAACGCAGAGCCCAGAAAAGAUCUUGACGGCAUUUCUUGAGGGUUGUGUCGCAAUUUUACGUUCUUAUUUUCUUUUCCAAAUGUUGCCAGUGACCGAGACCGUCGCAAUGUAAAUCUGCGAGGAUUCGAAUUUUACUACUCGUUUGUACGAUUGUAAGAUUUCUGUAUGAUCAUUAAUCCCACAAUCUGUCAAACCAUCACGAAUAUUCGCAAAAUUUUUUUUUCCCGAAGUCUUUCCCUGAAUGGUAGUAAAAAAAUAAAACGCGAACAAAAAAUCUACCGGCACACAAGUGUUGUAGCUUAGUGUUGGAUUCUUCUAUCGAGUUACUGCCCUAGUUUACGACAAGCUGACAUCGCAAAAGAUAGUCGUAGAGUCACACUUCAGUACACACACACGCGAACACAGGUAGAUUUUGACAAAAAAAAAUAAAAACGCCACACAACACCUAGCGGCAAAGUCUUUCACACUCUUUUUGCAGAAGAUUUACAAUGCCCUCAGUUCCGUGAUUUUUCAUUUGUAAAAUUGACCCCCAUUUUAAUCUGAAGUCGUGCCUAAGGAUUUUUCUUUACCACGUAUAAGUUUUUACCCCUUUAAAGCCGAACUCAUCCUUAUCGCAGAUCUUUCUCGAAGAUACGCAUUGUCAGUAGACUGUGGCCGUGCUGCGAAGCAAUUCUUCUGAAAAACGAAGCAGUAGUUCUGUAGAGUCUUUUUGUUUGUUGGCAACUGAAUUCCCUCCAGGAUUCCCGGAGCAGUGGCAUCGCAAGCCUUACAACCAAGCACAACGUAAGAGAACGAAAAAAACGACUGUAACCGUUGUUAAAUGUAUCAAGGAGGAAAACGAUUUAUAAUCAAAGUGCGACCGCGAGGUUUUACAAUAGAGCGAUAUAGUACAACUUCUGGCUGCUAAGUAACUGUCACAGUUUUCUUUGCAACGCCAAAGCACGCAUCUUCUGGUUAUUUAUUUCCAAUUUGGACAAACUGAGGCGCAGGGGUGCAGGUUUGCAAGAAAGACUUUGAUUCCUCCACACGCUUCAGAAGCAGCGUUAGCAUAAUUAGUGUACCAUAUCGCGACCCCUAUCUGCCACACCAGCAGCUUUCAUGAAGGAAUCGUAAAUCGAAACUUUCGUCGAUUGAAGCCGCUGCGUUGUGCUUGUAGGAAGUAGUACGUAUUUAUCCUCGACGACCACGUGGAGAAUUUGUACUAAGCAAAAUAGAGGAACAAUAACACCGACAUAUUCAUCAUAGCGGAGUACGCGCGUUAGUAGCGGCAGCUGCAUAGAAAAGAUUAUAGCUAGUCACAACUGGAGAAAUUGAAAAAUUGAAACGACUUUUUUGUCAACCAUAGAUACCAAGUUGUAUCUCAUUGCCUGCGCCUUUUUGUCUUUUUAUUAUCCAGCAGGUUCAAUAUCAAUUCUGUCUGGCUCUGAGCUAUCUAGGCGAUAUAGCUUGUUAACACAAACCUUGACUCAAGAAAGAACAGUUUUUUCAAAGAACUUCUGCCCUUUUUUGGAAUUAGUUUCGUACACUUGUAGGAUCUUCAAAUACAACAGUUGGGAAAGAAUAUUUCCCAGCGCCUACAGCAUUUUACUCAACCGCAGACCUGAGAACACUAAUUGUUUGAAAAGCGGUCUUCGUGUCUGUGCGCAACUUGCGAAAGAAAGAAGGAAGCGAAUGACACCAACCUUCAUAAGUAGUCUGUGACAAACAUACUGGACAAUAUAGACUCUGUGUCGCAGAAGAACACGACCAAAAGUUCUCUUUGCGUAGAGAACUACGAAGGAGGGGCGGACAGGAGUACUAGCACUACCACUUUCCCCUGAUUAUUUUCUUCGAAGAGAAUAAACCAACUUGACCACGCGUAGCCCUCGAAGCUAGAAAACUAGGACCCGACGAGCUGCACGUAAAGAGACGUGUCAAAAUUCAUCGAGUGGCUCCCUUUUAUUAUUUUUCUCUAUAAACACCACUAGCUACAACCGUGUACAAUUCCUUGACCUACAUCUACAAAAACUCCUUUCGCCUAUAAACGUGGCAUCCCGUUGCCACAUAGUACCAACGACGAGAACAAUCAACGUACUAGUACUAAAAUCUGAAUCACUGAGAAGGAGGAUCACGCUACUUGGCUAGCCUUAUGGAAAGAACUACAUAACGCAAAAGAAAAGAUCGUGAGCACCAAGUCCCAUUGAACAAAAGGUCUUUGCAACAGAAGUAGCAGAGGAUCAACACAGAACUUGCGAUAUUGAUUGAGAAGUAAAGGUUUUCCUGUGCCGCGCACGUAGGAAAAUCUGAAUUAAUAUGUCAUCUCCUACACCAGUGGUAGAACAAGCACUGCUGGAAAGCAAGAAUCUUUUCGCGGAACAAGUAGAUUCGACCGCAAAAAAAACGGCAGAAGCCUACCAGCCGGUGCAGCUGUCGCCGACCGUCAAUAUCAAAAUGGAGAAUAACGCAGCAGAUAAGAUCAAAAUGCUGUCGCAACAAGCUGACAGCAGCCUCAACGGCAGAGCACCAAAUAGUAAGGCGUUGGCAACUGCUGGCAGUGGGUGCGAGGAUUCCCUGGAGGCGAGCACGGCCGUGCCUCUGGAGGUGCAUUCCAAGUGCAACACGGAUUCUUCUAUCUCCACGCUGAAGACGCUCACCUCCUCCAAUUCGGCGGAGAGUUUUGUCCUGCACAAAACCUCCUCGCCAACCUCCGAUACGCCACCGCCGUCGAAAAAGUUCUUCACCAGUGAUGACUGCCCCACCACCGCGUCGACGGGGAUCGAAAACAAGUCCGGGUCCACGAUCACUCCCUCGAGCCCCUUUGGCCUGCUGCAGAACAGCAGCCAGCUGAACAACGAAAUGACCAACGUUAUCCUGAGUAAAAACAUCCCCACACCAGAGUCAAGAUGGGGAUUUUGCAACACAAACCUAGAACUUUUGGGGGUCACGCAUCACAAGUAGUUGCAGUCCGUAGUGUAGUGCAGGUUCGCAAGGCCAGCUGCAUCAGAAAUCCAUCUACUCAUCCUGUUUACAGCAUUACAAAUUCCAAAACACGACUAAAAAUGCCUCUCCUGGCGAUGCGCAUUACAAAUGUUCCUGUCAUUGCAAAUCUGCAUGACAACUCUGGUGUGGGGACGUUUUUACUCAGGAUAAACGUCGCGGCGGUUGCUUCUCCUAUGACAUCAACGGAGGAGAGAUCCCGCAGCACUUGUGCAAGUGAUGCGGGACGAGGUGGCCGUGGUGGUUCAACAUCUUGCAUUCCAAGUACAACUACCGCAGAGCAGACCUCGACGUCGAUUCAACAUCUUCCCGGAGAAAGCGCUGCCGCUUCUGCUCCGCAAAGUAAAGAACUCGAGGAGCAGACCACAAUAGAAAGCGGUGAUCACCCGGAGCUGGUUCUGGCCCCUGCGAUGCAAGAGAACGAGCAGCAGGCGGAUGAGAAGAAAGUCACCGCGACGUUUGCGGCAAACCGCAUCAAGACCACCAUCCAGCAGAGCCGCACGGCGGAGCUGGAUUACGUAGGGGAAAAAGAUGAAACUGCGGACGAACCCGCUGCGCGCACGAUUUCCGCUCCGGAGACCAACGCGAGCACUUCGAAAGAUCAUGGCGUUCUUGAACAAAGCAACGAGGACGUCACCUUGGCUGCUGCUACCCCCUCUCCUGCCGCCACAGCAGGAGCCCCUGCGGCUGCAGUAGUAGUUCCGGGCAAGAACACGACCAGUGCUGGUGCGACAACAGCAGCUGGCACUACUAGUGCAACUACAAAGGCGGUGGAACAAACUACGAGUACUUCUGCCAAGCCGAAGCACUUCAGUCGCUCGGUCUCCACCCGGUUUCAUCCGAUGAGCCGGCAGAUGUCGGGCGUGAGCUCCGUGGACUCUCCGGCGUCCUUGCCCGUGUUUAACGACCCGCGGCGGUCGAGCGUGUACGCCAACUACGGGGGCGAGUUCUCGCUGACUGGGUCUGCCACGACACUUAUCAAAUGCAAAAAUGUCUGGGUCUGGAAAAUGCAGAUUUGUCAUGCAUAUUUUCCAUGCCCCAUGAGGUCUGGAAUGCAGGACCUAGCAUGACAGAGUCUGUGAGGUCUCUGCCAUGCCUCUCCUGCAUGAGAAUCUCCCUCCCAACUUGAUCGAAAGGGGAUAGCUUUUGGCACUUAUGCAACACAGAUUUUUGCAUGAUUCGGAUUCAGCAUCACAAGUUGCAAUCUUCCAGACCCAGACAUUUUUGCAAUCCAUAACACUGGAGCAGUCGCUCGCCGCGCAAAACUACAGUGGCGGGGCGACCGACGACCGGGGGUUGUGUACCCUCACCGAGGAGGCGGUCUGCAGUCUGGGCACCGCGCCCCUCGGUAUGAGCACCGCUACCGGUAGCGUCGUGGAUCUAAAGCAAGCCGCCGGUCGCGCCUCGACGGACUACGGAACAACUACCAACGGGAUCUCGCGGACCGCCACGACCGGUAACGACCCGCUGGUGCCGGGCUCCGGGGAGCAGCCGGCUGGGACCGGGUUGAUGGCCUCCCCCCUGCACGAACAGAACGCUGCCUACUUCGCCGCCGCCGCCGCGGCCGCGCAGCAGCAUCACGCUGCUGGGCACAACCACUACGAGCAGCAGCACCUGGGGAGUCGCGUCAGCGUGGCGAGUUCGCACGUGACCGCGCACGAGGAGGUUGGGCAGUACGACCUGAUGCAGCAGUACCUGAUGACUGCGGCUGCCGCCUCGGCGCAGCACCAGGAGGCGAUGGCGUCGCUGUCGCGCACGAAUUCCGGAGUUGGCUCGGCCGCGCAUCACAUGCUGGAAUCCGCCACGUCCGUGGAUGCCGCGGCGGGUGCAGCGGCCCUGGACGCGGCGUACGUUCCCUUUGCGGCCACAGCGUUUUCCCAGACCGGCGCGGGGACGGACCACCUGGACCACGCGAUCCCCUCCUCCUCGGCCUCCUCGUCCGCCACGUCGUUGAAUCCGGCGGCUGCGGAGUACUACGGCAGUGGGAAAUCCGCGGACGACCUGCUGCAACAGACCAUCCAUGCCGCGGCCGCGUCCACGCUGGUGGCCGCUCAGGCCGCGGCCGCUGCGCAGCAGCAACAGUUGCUGGAGCAGCUGCAGGUGACCGCCGCGGCACAGGCGACCGCGCAGGAGCUGGAGCACCACUUUGCCGUGCAGAACGCGUACACCGCCUUGGUCGGCGCCGGGGCGGGUGCCGCGGCAACUCAGGCGGCCGCUGCCGCGG